ACACAGCUAGUUCACCCGUGGUACGAGCUAACAUCGCUAUAAUUCAGGCCUGGCCAUAUUUAGGCAGGACUAGUGUUAUGUAAACAGAGCUUGCGGUUGAGGGGAGGGCUCACUCCUGCACUCGUGUCCAUGUCCAUCAGCAGUGCUGUUACGAAGCUCUGUUGAGAAAGAUAAAGAAGACUCAUAAACUGCGCAAAGUGGAAGAGACUUUAGAGACUCCCACAAGUGUCUCUGAGUAUGUAGUCCAUCAAUACAAGACAGACUUGCGAGUUAUUAUGUGAAUUACCUUGAAGAAUGCUGAUGCUUUGAGAUGGACAACCUGGACUACAAGACAGGACUGCGAGGGCUGCACAGGAGAUCAGCGUAAGAGGACAAGUUUGGAUGAACACUAAUACAGCAUUAUGAGUGAGGCCCUCUUGGAAAGCUCUGGGGAGACUGGUUCCUUCCCACUUAGCAUUACUCAGCCCAUCAAGCUGAAACCACAGUCAACGUCUGGAUCACCCUGCGGCUCCCCAAGGAUGUCCCCCUGCAACUCUCCCCGAAACUCCCCCCGGCAUUCCCCUCUGCUGUUCCGCAAGCUCCUCAUGAACCGCAGCCUCGCCCUGCAGAGGUGCUUCACCUUGGCACACACACCCAGUUUUGAUGUGGAGAAUGGCCUGUCGGUGGGUCGCAGUCCACUGGACUCUCAGACCAGCCCGGGUUCUGGGCUCGUACUUCAGGCCAACUUUCCCCACAGUCAACGGCGCGAGUCCUUCCUCUACCGCUCUGACUCAGACUUCGACCUUUCACCCAAAACAAUGUCCCGAAACUCGUCUACUGCCAGCGACCUGCAUGGUGAAGACAUGAUAGUGACUCCAUUUGCACAGGUUCUUGCCAGUCUACGAACAGUGAGAAGUAACUUUGCUGUUCUGACACAUCUGCAAGAUCGUGUCGCAAACAAGCGUCCGACAAGCAGCAACCAGCCAUCCAUGUGUAAGCCAUGUCUUACAGAGGAGCCAUAUCAGAAGCUGGCAGUGGAGACACUAGAAGAGCUGGACUGGUGUCUGGACCAAUUGGAGACGCUGCAGACGAGACACUCAGUCGGCGAGAUGGCAUCCAAUAAGUUUAAGAGGAUGCUGAACCGCGAGCUGACGCAGCUAUCAGAGACAAGCCGCUCAGGGAAUCAGGUCUCAGAGUUCAUCGCCAACACCUUCCUCGAGAAACAACAUGACGUGGAGAUCCUUUCUCCACCUUCUAAGGACAAGGAGAAGAAGAAGAGGCCAAUGUCACAGAUCAGUGGUGUGAAAAAGGCCACACAGAGUCCCGGCUUAGCACCCGCCCUCAUCCCCCGCUUUGGAGUCAGCACACCACACGAGAGCCUACUGGCCAAGGAGGUCGAGGAAAUUGAUCGCUGGGGUCUGGAUAUAUUCAAGAUAGCAGAAUUUUCAGGAAACCGCCCUCUGACGGUGAUCAUGUACUCCAUCUUCCAGGACCGAGACCUUCUGAAAACCUUUAAGAUCCCAAGUGACACCUUUAUCACCCUAAUGAUGACCUUGGAGGACCAUUACCAUGCGGACGUAGCGUAUCACAACAACAUUCAUGCAGCUGAUGUGGUGCAGUCCAUCCAUGUCCUCCUGUCCACCCCCGCUUUAGAGGCAGUGUUCACAGACCUGGAGGUCAUGGCUGUUCUGUUUGCUAGUGCCAUCCAUGAUGUUGACCACCCAGGAGUCACCAACCAGUUCCUGAUAAACACCAGUUCAGAGCUGGCGCUGAUGUACAACGAUGCCUCGGUGCUGGAGAAUCACCACCUCGCUGUGGGCUUCAAACUGCUGCAAGAAGAUAACUGUGACAUCUUCCAAAACCUCAGCAAGAAACAGAGAGACUCUCUCCGAAAGAUGGUGAUUGACAUGGUGCUUGCCACAGAUAUGUCCAAACACAUGAACUUCUUGGCGGACAUGAAGACAAUGGUGGAGACCAAGAAGGUGACGAGUCUCGGAGUCCUGCUGCUAGACAACUACUCUGACCGCAUCCAGGUUCUGCAGAACAUGGUCCACUGUGCCGAUCUGAGCAACCCAACCAAACCGCUGGAGCUUUACCGCCAGUGGACGGACCGCAUCAUGGGGGAGUUCUUCACCCAGGGAGACCGAGAGCGGGACAAGGGCAUGGACAUCAGUCCCAUGUGUGACAAACACAACGCCUCCAUCGAGAAGAACCAGGUGGGCUUUAUCGACUACGUUGUCCACCCUCUGUGGGAGACAUGGGCCGACUUGGUGCACCCUGAUGCCCAGGACAUCCUGGACACACUGGAGGACAACAGGGAGUGGUAUCAGAGCAUGAUCCCCCGCAGCCCGUCGCCCUCCAGCCCUGAGGAGCACCAUGUGGAGGUGAUGCCAGGGGGAGGAGCUUUGGAACCAGGAGGGCCUGUCCCUUCGGGAGGAGGAGGAGGAGACAAGUUCCAGUUUGAACUCACUCUGGAGGAAGAAGAGGAGGAUGAAGAGGAGGUAGAGUCUGACCUGGAGAGCCCCUUAGAGGGGGAGUCCCAGUCGGGUGGGGAGCAGCACCAGGACUCAUCCUCUCCAGCUUUGUCCCCAGACCCCCGCGGCAACAGCAGGUACCGCCCCUCUUCGCCUCACCCGUCUCGGACCUUGAAUCUGGCUGCCUUGUCGGUGCGGAGCCCCCACAGGACGCUGGCCUCCCCGGGUCGGGAAGGUGCCGACAGGGACAGAGAACUGAGCCAGGAGGGCGACGGGGUGGCGUGCCUACGUAUGGGCACGUAACAACCAGCACCACCUGCCCCGCCUGACAGACACGAGUGCUGAAUAUGGAGAGACGGAGGCAGGGCAGGCCUUUAUUAAUAAAGUCUGUAAAAUCACUACAGUCCCUUUUACACUGGAGACACCCGCUCUGGAGAACAGAGGGACGUUCUCCCUCUGUUUUAUUUUAUAUUUUACCAAGAAGAUUCCUUUCAGCCUCUCUUUGGGUGCCUGAUUGACGUUUGUGUCCUGUCCUGCUUUGUUGUAGCAUGAGUUUAGACCGUGCCUGAAAAACACUGCUGCAAUUUAACUGGGAACAAAAGGUAAAGGAAAUGUCUUCCUCCAAAAUAACUGUUUAUGACAUUGCACCAUAGUUUUGAUUUAGGACAUGAAAUUACUGAGUCCGGUUGGAAUAAGUGAGUAUGAUUUCUUUGUUUGAGAAGGAUGUGAGAGAUUAAUCAUUUUACCAAAUACAAGAUGUAGUUGAGAGAACAAUUGAUGGACCUAAACCUCAGGGUAUGAAGAAAAACAUAAAUCUAAUGUAGCACGGAUGUAGUGGGUAACCCUCACCUGACCUUCGACCCCAAACUGUCUUUUAUGUUUGAUUUACCUCCAAACCAGAGACAAUUGAGCUUUUGUUCAACCUGCGUGUCUUUACAUUAAAUGAAGCCCUUUAAUAGAACAUUUGGCAACUGAAGCAAUCAAAGAUUAUGUAUUUCAACCAGCUUGUAGCACCACAGUGAUUAAACCCUGAAGCAGACUGUGCCCCAGUCUCACAUGUCUAAAUACAAGAGACACCAUCUGUAUAAUUAGUUUGGGCUUCUUUUAUUUAAUUUUUUACCUGAGAUGAUUUCAAGGGGUGUCACUGUUUUAGGGUUUUGAACAGUUAUUUCUACGUUGUAUGUAUGCUGGUCUUGUUUGUGUUGCUGUGCUUGACAAGCUUUUUUUAUCAGGGUGCCUCCGGUCCGCAGUAGCACUUUACCGUCUCUGCCCUUCAGCUCUUCUAUUCAGUCAGACAAAGGGCUUCGUCCGCUGUCGGCCUCCUGAUCACACAGACACCGUACAGGACGUCUGACUCGAGGUACCAGAAGGCAGAGCAGGAAACUCACUGGUGAUAUUUAAUUGCGAUGUCCUCUGUAAUGAUCCCUGUUGCACCACCCAGCCGGGAUAUAUAAACCUUUCUGAACCUCUAGAUUAAUAUGAUGUGGGCCAAACAUGUGUGAACAGUCUAUUAACAACACUUUAUACUCUAUGCCUGACGGCAGCACAGACGCGUUGAGCUGUUGUGAUGUGAUUUCAUUGUUAUACUGGGUACAACUUUUAAAGGAUAUUUCUGGUGUUAUUAUAUAUUUUUCUUGUUGAAAACCAAUUCCAUGAAAAGCUUUUAGUGCAUCGCUCAAUACUUUCCGACUUCUUCUUCUGGCCCCAAAACCAUUUGUUUCCACAGAGGACAUCUUUUAGAACAAAUUGAUUCAUUAUUUAUUUUCAUUCUAAAAAGGGAAGUGUAGAUUUGAUCUCAAACGUGCCUCUUAACCUCUUAUCAACUACUUUGAUUGUGAAUUAAUGUGUUAAGUUAUGUAUGUGCAGCAGCAGGACAGUAUAGGUGGGAUUGCUCCAAAUCAAACUAUAGUGGACAUGUUCAUGAGGGAAUAUGUCUCUCAGUGCAACAUUGUGGCUCACUGGUGUGUUUUUUAAUAUUUAUUGUACAAUGGAGGUCUAUGACUCAGAGGAAUUAGCUGCUUCACAGAAAUACUUGUUAGUUUAAAUAGUUCAUUGUGGGUUUCCAUGUCUUUUCAUGGGCUUUGAUGACGGUAAGGAAAAUAUGGAAUAUCACCACAUUUAUCCUCUAAUUGGGUCGUGUCAUUAUAUCCUCAUGUUGACUAGAAAAACUCUUCCUUCUUCUGUUGUAGAGAUCAAAAAUAGCUGAAUCAGAUCAAACUUAAACAGAUUGUGUUAUCGGUGUAAUCUGAAAGAAAGUGCUCGACUGAGAUUACUGUGUGCCAUAAGUGUUGAAAACACAAACACCUGCCAGCCUACGAUGCUGUACAUUUUUACACUAGAUAUUUUAACCUGAUGAUUGUAUCAAAGUCAAUGACUUUAUAGUGUUAGUUUUUACAAAUGAUAUGCGUUUCCAGUAUUUAAAGCAGACAGUUUUAGUUUGUGUGCAGUUCAUAAUCAGAUAGCUGAUACUUGAGUGUGUGUGUCGCUUCAGGAGUCCACGUUCAGUCGAGAGCCGUGUUGGUCGCAGUCACUGAGGUCGAAAGACCAGGAAGUAAACAAGCACAACACAAAGAUACGAUGCACUUCCUGGUCAGGCAGUCGUAGAUUAAAAUAGUCUAUCAGUAUUUCAUACAUGUGAUAAAAGUGGUUGGAGCCUAGUGUAAGAGGACCAUUAUGCUGUUUUAACAUGUCGAGCCUCACGGCAUCAUAUGAAAUUAAAGCAAGAAAACUGUUUAUUUCUCAGCCUUAAAAAACGUGAAUCUCAAAGAUUGAGAAUACAUAUUUCUCAUGAUGGAAGCAAUAUUUUGCGUCUGUCCUUGUACACAUUCUUAGUGCGUUUGCCUUGAAAACAUUCAAAUGAGAAUCUAAGCUAAAUGUUGGAAAUGUCACGUGUGUGUUGUCCCGAUUACUCACUUAGCAUAGUGUCAAAGUCCCUCAAAACUCCAUGAUGAACAUGCCAUGUAAAUCUCAGCAGAAAUUACUGUGGAUCAGAUAUUCUGGUUAUUCAGACUUUGCAUACAGCACCGUAAAUAGGCCAAAGCUUAUACUAGCACAAGAAAUGCCAAAAUGUAGUGGGCGGAUUGCCAUGAAAACAUGACCGCUUUCUAUUUUCUGACCCUCGUGGCCUUUUGUUUAGCUUCACCUCGACAACAUGAAAUACAUUUAGGCAUAUUGUCAUGAAAAUUGCAUCUUAGCUUGGAUUUAAACUAUUGGGUAUCUUUCUGAAGAGUAUUAGUACACAUUUGAUGGGGAUAAUGACAUGAAACUGAUGUGCUGCAUAGAGUUUAUAGCUUUUUAACUCUUGUCCCUAGUUGUUUAUUAGGCCAUACCUUUAUUAUAAAAUGAUUCAAUUUUGUGGCAAAAAAACGUCAAAUUUAUGGGACGAAGCAUCAUUAUGGCAUCUUCAUCAUGUAGUUUUGAAAGAUAAUUGAUUUUAGUCCGCUGAAUGUCAUUUGCAGCUCUGUGUUUAGAGGCGUUACAUCGGCAUGUUAAACACAGUGUGGCUCUUUACAGGAAGCCAUCAGUGUUAAAGGAAAGCUCUCGUUAGUGUGUUGCACUGAUACGUCACAAUUAAUGUUCAUACGGUCUAUGUUUUCAGUCUGUCAUGCAAACUUCUAUAAAGAUAUUUAUUCGUCAAACGUGUCUGUCGAGACAAAGUACUGUAAAUUAGGACAUUUGAUGUUAUGGAGCCUAAAAAUCAAGUAUACUUUAAAAGUGUGAACAUACAUGCACACUUUAAAGUAUACUUGACUCACUCCAAUGUUUGUCAAAGAACUAUAUUUUUGCUUCUCAUUUUAAGCCAAAAGACUUCAGUUCAGGGUGUUUAAAGUAGAAAAUGCCAAUAAAUAAUAUGGAAAUGCA